AUGCUUCAAGCUUUCAACGAAGAAAGUUUGACGCCGUAUCCGGUCAAAAUCCCUGUACCGGCAGGACAAAUUGUUAACUCGACAGUCGCAGAGCACUUUAUUAAUCCAUUUGGAUCUGAUUACCUGCAUUCAGUCGCCCGCAUUCCUCAGAGUGGGAAGUUACCUAAAUAUAUGUUCAAAAAGAUCGUCUCGAAAUUUCUUGGCUUCUUCGCAGCACAUUAA